AUGGGCGCUAUAGCCCCAGGCCGGGUCCUGCAGAAACGCCCCCCUGUCUCUGCCAAUACGGCAAUGAUGGGCGACGCUAGUAAGCGAGCAGCGGUAGGUGCCUUUGCGCAGCAUGGGGUAGCGGACAAUCUCAUGCCGGGAAAUGAUGUGCUAUGCGACGAGGCUGCUCACCAGAUCAUGACCGGUCUGCGCGUCGAGGAGCAGGCGCACCGCGGCCAGGGCCCGAUUGUCAUCACCUAA